AUGAUAUACUAUCAGAAUUUUAAGGCCUCACACAACCUGCUUACUUCAACAUUUAUCAAUUACUCGACCGGUUCGAGUAGUGCGGCAAGUACGGUUGCUAACGGAGUUGUUAAGACAAAUAAGGUUCUUCAGAGCGUUUACGGCAACUUUCAGUUCUUUAAGUAUCAGAUCCCGAACCCCCCCACUGUGGCUCCAGAUUUGGAUCAUCGAUUUGCCCAGUUAGUCAACAAUCAUCGGAUGGAGUCUCAAUAUCUGAUCAAUCUCCAGAAAUACAAGCCCAAAUACUAUAAACAGUCGUCUGUUUCUGUUUGGCACCGGAUUCCUGCCAUACGGCGAUCUUCUGUGCUGGUGCUACUGUUUUUAGGAAAACAAGGCGAGUUGCGUGUUGUUUUAACCAAGAGAUCCAAGAAACUCAAGAACUUCUCGGGCCAUAUUUCUCUUCCUGGAGGAAAGGUUGAUUUCCCGCUGGAAUCGGAGUUCCAAUGUUCACGUCGCGAAGCAGAGGAGGAGAUUGGUAUUCAUCGUGAUAAUUCAUAUUUAAGAGAAAAGUUUGGUUACGAGGUGGAGGAGUUGAAGGUGAUGCCGACGUAUCUGGCACGGACUUUUCUGGGAGUCGCUCCAUGUGUCGCGUUUAUAAAUUGGAGCGAGUCCAAGCUCGGACGGUUCGAGGACCAGCACAUCAGCAACAUCAUGCUGAAUCCGGGCGAGUCGUCGUCUAUUUUCAGUGUUCCAUUAAAGGACUUUCUGCAACCCAAGCCCCGGAGGUACGAGUUGAAGGAGUGUUUGAAACAGUCGUAUGUUCGCACCAAAUGGGGAGGCAUUCCGUGGAAUUUGCGGUCGUUUGUGUUUCCGAUCCACAACGAUAACGAGGUGAGAUGGCUGGACGAGAUCCAGGACAUGUCUUCGGAAAGCGAGGACGAGACACAGGAAGACCACGAGUUCGGUGUUCGGACGCGCAAUUGUUGGGGACUUACGGCGAAUAUUCUCCACGACGUUGCAGAGAUCGUCUACACGGGAGAAAAACAGCACGACACUCUGAUGGGAGAAGAAGACCUAAUAUGGGCACUGGCACAACACGGCCAGAUGCAAACUAAACAACGUACAAAGUUCGAGGAAAGUCUCAUCAACAACACCAAAGGGUGUUCGUUCAAAGAGUGCAUGACGGAGCACGAGUUUACAGACUUGAAGAACUUGUAUACUAGCAUUUAA